CAUGACGAAAUCUACGAAACGUGGAAAUGCCCUUGGAAAUGCGUGGAAACGAGGCAACCUGGCAACCUUUUCAGUCAAAAUGGCGGCGCAUGUGCAUGUGGAAAAGGUUGCAGAAGCCCUCAGGACACUACGAAGUGUGGCCAAGAGAUACCAGGUGAAAGACGCAAAGAAUCUCUUAAUUGACAGCUCGGAUGACAACCUUUAUUUGCAAUUGACGCUGAAGAAAAUUCCCUACAACACAAAUGCCAAACUGAUUAAAAUAGAUUUGCCCUAUACGCUGGCUUCGGAAGACACCGACAUAUGCCUGUUUGUUGGAGAUUUGGAGAAAAAGAACCCUCGUGCCGAGAACGAGAAGACGGUCGAUUACUACAAAGAAUUGCUCCAAGAAGCAGGUGUCACACGCAAUAUUGAUAUAAUACCCCUACGACAACUGCGGACAGAAUACCAACCGUACGAAGCGAAACGCAACUUGUGCGCGGGUUACGAUGUCUUCUUGACGGACCAGCUCAUCUAUCCUAUCAUAGCGAGGUACCUCGGCAAGACGUUCUACGUGAAAAACAAGCUUCCUCGCAGAGUGGACACGAAGAAAAGCAACUUGAAAUCCCACCUGGAGCAUGUUUUGUCCACAACGUACCUGAUGCUGCGCUGCGAAGGCACGGCCAGCACAGUGUUGACAGCCCACUUGGGAAUGAAAGAUGCACAGGCUGUAGAAAAUGUCCGUGCUGUUUGUGAUGUGCUGGAAAAAAAAUUGCCCGGUGGUUGGGAUAAUAUCCUCUCUCUCCAUGUGAAGACGCACAAAUCUGUUGCCCUUCCUCUCUAUAUGUCCUUUGACUCUCGGAACAAAGUCUUUGUUGAAGCCCCACCCAAGAAGAAGGAAGUCCUCCAGGAUGACAUCUCGACUGUACCUGGUGGCAAAGUGUCUGUCUCGCUGCUAGGAAAGCUCAGACUCAAAGCGGACAAGGAUCAAGAGAUGGAUGAGGAGGGUGAGAAGAUAUUUGCUGAGCUCAUGGACAUGCAAGCGGAAGAAGAGAAAGGCGAAAAUUACCUGAAACACCAGAAGAUGAUGAGUCGAAAGGCCUUACUUGGCUCUGCCUUUAGGAAUCCCAGGGAGAAGAGACAGCUUAAAGGCGGUGAAAAGGUGGUGCACAAACGGAGGAGGAAAUAAAUCAUUUUUAUUUCAUUUUA